CGCUGUGGGGCGGGGGCGGGGGGAGGAGGAAGGAGGGAGGCUGCGCUCCGGCGGCUCCGCGCCCCGCACUCCCGGACCUGAAGCCGGGAAGAUCUGGCGAGAGAAGAUGGAGACGAGGGUGGGACUGAGUUGUGGACGACGCUCAGAAAAGGGUCGCAAGUUAAAUAAUGGCAGAGACAAGUCUAUUAGAUGCUGGGGCCUCUGCAGCCUCCACAGCUGCAGCGCUGGAGAACUUACAGGUGGAAGCGAGUUGCUCUGUGUGCCUGGAGUAUCUGAAGGAGCCUGUCAUCAUUGAGUGUGGGCACAACUUCUGCAAAGCUUGCAUCACCCGCUGGUGGGAGGACCUAGAGAGGGACUUCCCUUGUCCUGUCUGUCGAAAGACAUCCCGCUACCGCAGUCUCCGGCCUAAUCGACAACUAGGCAGUAUGGUGGAAAUAGCCAAGCAGCUCCAGGCUGUCAAGCGGAAGAUCCGAGAUGAAAGCCUCUGCCCCCAGCACCAUGAGGCCCUCAGCCUCUUUUGCUAUGAGGACCAGGAGGCUGUAUGUUUGAUAUGUGCAAUUUCCCACACCCACCGGGCCCAUACCGUCGUGCCACUGGAUGAUGCCACACAGGAGUACAAGGAAAAAUUACAGAAGUGCCUGGAGCCCCUAGAGCAGAAGCUGCAGGAGAUCACCCGCUGCAAGUCCUCUGAGGAGAAGAAGCCUGGAGAGCUCAAGAGACUCGUGGAGUGUCGCCGGCAACAGAUCUUAAAGGAAUUUGAAGAGCUUCAUAGGCGGCUGGAUGAAGAGCAACAGAUGUUGCUUUCACGACUAGAGGAGGAAGAACAGGACAUUCUACAGCGUCUCAGAGAAAAUGCUGCUCACCUUGGAGACAAGCGCCGGGACCUGGCCCACUUGGCUGCUGAGGUGGAGGGCAAGUGCUUACAGUCGGGCUUCGAGAUGCUUAAGGAUGUCAAAAGUACCCUGGAAAAAUGUGAGAAGGUGAAGACCAUGGAGGUGACUUCAGUGUCCAUAGAGCUGGAAAAGAACUUCAGCAAUUUCCCCCGACAGUACUUUGCCCUAAGGAAAAUCCUUAAACAGCUAAUUGCGGAUGUGACCCUGGACCCAGAGACUGCUCACCCUAACCUAGUCCUGUCAGAAGAUCGUAAGAGCGUCAAGUUUGUGGAGACAAGACUCCGGGAUCUCCCUGACACACCACGGCGGUUCACCUUCUACCCUUGUGUCCUGGCUACUGAGGGCUUCACCUCAGGCCGACACUACUGGGAGGUGGAGGUGGGUGAUAAGACCCACUGGGCAGUGGGCGUGUGCCGGGACUCCGUGAGCCGAAAGGGCGAGCUGACUCCACUCCCUGAGACUGGCUACUGGCGGGUGCGGCUGUGGAAUGGGGACAAAUAUGCAGCCACCACCACGCCUUUUACCCCUUUGCACAUCAAGGUGAAACCCAAGCGGGUGGGCAUAUUCCUAGACUAUGAGGCUGGCACGCUGUCUUUUUACAAUGUCACAGACCGCUCUCAUAUCUACACUUUUACUGAUACUUUUACUGAGAAACUUUGGCCCCUCUUCUAUCCAGGCAUCCGGGCUGGUCGGAAGAAUGCUGCACCACUUACCAUCAGGCCCCCAACAGAUUGGGAGUGACAGGUAGGGAUGUGGUAAUAAUUGGGGUGAG